AUGGCCUCGUACAAUGAACGAAUGGAAGAGCUACCGCGGAUCUGGAAGUACACACCUGACAAGGGCAUCCACCUCAAGGUGUAUAGAAACGGCGACGAUAAUUUCCCUGGUAAACUAGUCACACUCAAUAAAAGACAGUUUCGAACAUUUGAGUCCUGGUUGGCAGACUUGUCUAACUCGAUGCACCUGAGAACUGGGGCCAUCUGGCGAGUCUACACACCGACCACCGGCACUAGGAAAGACGACUUUGAUGAUUUCGAGGAAGGACAAUCGUUGGUAGUGGCCGGGCAGGAAAAAUUCAAGCCACUCAG